GUUCAAAGAUUUGAUCUUUUUCCAAAUAAAAAAAGAGGUAUGUAUGUAUCUAUCACACAUUCCAAAAUCAAUGGCACUCCUUUCAUCUCUACAUAUUCACACACUUCACACAAAUUGCGCACACAGCACACACAUAUCUCAUCUCCCCUCUUCUUCCUUGGUACCUCGGUAACCCUCGUCCCCCUUUGAUAAGAUUCUUGAACCAGGUUUCAUUCUUUCUAGAUUCAUUCAUUCGUCAUCAAAUUCUAUCCUUUUGUCGGUGUUAUCUGACCUGGGGUUUUUCUGUUUUUCCUCGUUUUGUUCAAAGAUUAUAUACAGAUCGUUCUGGCUGUUUUUUUUUUUGGUAUAAUAGAUUGCAUUUCCAUUUAAAAAGGGAUUAGGGUUUAUCAGAUUUAUACUGGGGUUUUCUUAUCUUGGACAUUUAUAAUCAAAAUUUGAUUUUAUUGAGAAAGAGAGAAGGGUUUAUUUGUAGAUUCAAUUCAAACCCAUCUGGGUUUGUGAUUCAUUCAAUUAGGGUUUGUUCAAUGGGAGCUUUGCAUGAUUGUCAUUACGAUUUGGGGCUAGAGAAUGGGAUAAACCUCGGUGGGUGUGUUGAGCUUGAUUUUGAGCAAGACCCACAGACUGUAGUCAUUGAAGAUGCUGUCAAAGUUUUGCUAGAGGGCUUGGGUGAAGACAUCAAUAGAGAAGGGAUUAGGAAAACCCCUCUUCGUGUUGCCAAAGCUCUUCGCGAAGGGACCAGAGGCUACAAUCAGAAGGUGAAAGACGUAAUCCAAGGUGCAUUAUUUCCUGAAGUAGGAGUCGAAAAUGGAGUUGGUCAAGCUGGAGGAGCUGGUGGGCUUGUUCUUGUUAGAGAUCUUGAUCUGUUUUCAUAUUGUGAAUCUUGUUUACUCCCAUUCCAAGUCAAAUGCCACGUAGGCUAUAUUCCAUCUGGUCAACGUGUUGUGGGCCUUAGCAAACUCUCAAGGGUCGCCGACAUCUUUGCAAAAAGACUCCAAGAUCCACAACGUUUAGCAGAUGAAAUCUGUUUAGCUCUACAACAUUGGAUCAAACCAACUGGUGCUGCUGUCGUUCUUCACUGCUCACAUAUUCACUUUCCCAGUUUUGCCCCUGGGUGUCUCGACUCUGAUCACUCAAAAUGGGUCAAGGUUGUAGUCGGGUCUGGUUCAGGUUCUUUUGAAAAAGACGAUUCUGCCAUGUGGGUUGACUUUUUGGGUCUUCUAAGACAUAAAGACAUCAAUCUUGAAACCAUUCAUUCAAGAACUAAAGCUUCUUGUUGGUGUCCUUCAAGAUCUUUAAAAACUGGACCUUCAAAAUCUGGAAUGGUUGCUGCUGUGGGGUCCAUCAUACAAUCCCUAGGUCAAGAUCCAUGUAGAAAAGAACUCAUGGGUACUCCUAAUCGAUUUGUCAAGUGGCUCAUGAGCUUUAAAGAUUCAAACUUGGAGAUGGAACUCAGUGAGUUUAAUGGUAUCCCUUUGAGAACAAUCGGGCGUGUGAAUUAUAAAGAACAUAUCAAGUCUGAAUUGAAUUUAUCAUUAUGGUCACUUUGUGAACACCAUUUACUACCUUUUUAUGGUUUAGUUCAUAUAGGUUACAUGUCUGAUGAAGAAGUGAAUCCGAAAGGGAAAUCUCUUCUACAAUCAAUAGUUCAUUUUUAUGGUUUCAAACUUCAAGUACAGGAAAGGCUUACAAGACAGAUUGCAGAGACAGUUGCUCCAUUGUUGGGUGGAGAUUUAAUGGUGGUUGUGGAAGCAAAUCACACUUGUAUGAUUUCUAGAGGGAUUGAAAAAUUCGGUAGCAAUACAGCCACCAUUGCUGUUCUUGGUAGGUUCUCAAAUGAUCCAGCAGCAAGAAGUAAGUUUUUGCAGAGCAUUCCUAGCUAUUCUUUGUAACCGAUAAGGUAAAUUUACUCUAGAUUGCUGCAAUUUUUGUUGUUAAACUUCACACUUCUAUAUAAACUUUGUAUUAGUAUAUUGUAUUUUUGCAUUCAUAGGGGUGUCUAAUAAGCUGAAACAGAAGUAUAUGUCUACAUUUACUCA